AGCUUUGGCAGAUUAACAUUUUGCAGGCGAAGGGAGAGGCAGCGGCAUAAUCGAGCUCCCAGCUGGCGUGAGAGAAUCCUUUGCACGCGCAGCCAAGCUCCAGUUCUUUCCAAUCUGAGUGCCGGUGCAAAUUACAAAGUUUAAAGAAGCAAGUCGCCAUCAUCCCGUGCAAGCUGAGGUUCUUUUGCAUUGCAACAUAAAACUUCGGGCAGGGGGAAAAGAAGAAAGAGGAGGGGAAAGAGAGCUCUUUGCUUUCCUCCCUCCUCACUAAUCGAAUCUCAACUCGCACCGUCGCUUAAUAUGAAUGACAACUAUCAGCUGAACAGGAUGGCAACUUUGGAUGACAACAACAACGCCCCAGGUGGUGUGAUCAGUUACAUUGGUUCAAAUGGAUCUUCCCCAAGCCGCACCAGUCCCAUCUCUUUGUGUGGCAGUGACAGCUUGAAUGGCAGCUGCCAACUGUUUUCCCAACCAACUUUUCCCAACUACUUCCCACCUUCGCCCACUGGAUCUCUGGUGCAGGAUUCUGGACGCCUCUACGGGGGUAGUUCAGCUGGACUUGGUGAUGAUGCCUCCCCGUCGUCUUCUUCCUCCUCUUCCUACAGCUCUGGAGGUUCUCCAGUGGGACUCCAAGUGACCUUGGAUGAUGGGAGGCGUGUCUCCCCUAUCAAAAGCACCAGCAGCAGCAUCACGAAACUCAAUGGGAUGGUCCUUCUGUGUAAAGUUUGCGGUGAUGUUGCUUCUGGCUUCCAUUAUGGUGUCCAUGCCUGUGAAGGCUGCAAGGGUUUCUUUCGACGCAGCAUUCAGCAGAACAUCCAAUACAAAAAGUGCCUGAAAAAUGAGACCUGCAGCAUUGUCCGCAUCAACCGGAAUCGUUGCCAGCAGUGUCGCUUUAAGAAGUGUCUGAGGGUUGGCAUGUCUCGUGAUGCCGUACGAUUUGGGCGCAUCCCCAAGCGUGAGAAGCAAAGGAUGUUGGCUGAGAUGCAGAGCGCGAUGAACAACAUGGCUAAUAAUCAACUGAGUGCACAGUGCCUCCCUGAGAAUCUGCCCACAGGACAUCCGCAGUCCAGUACCCUCUUGCUGGGCCACCCAUCUCAACUGGCACCUUCUUCCCCACCAUCCCGUGCAGCCACCCCACCCCAGAUUUCUCCUUGCUACUCUCAGUUUUCUCAGCAGCUGACACCUCCACGAUCCCCAAGCCCUGGAGAUGUCAUGGAGGAUGUCAUCGCACAAGUGGCUAAAGCCCACAAAGAAAUUUUUGUUUAUGCCCAUGACAAACUGGCCACAGGGCCCCAACCACCCACAGGGAGUAACAGUUCUCCUAGUUGGGACAACAACUGGUUGAUUAAUGGCCACCGCACCAAUGGGCUGCAUCUUCAGAAUGACAACUGGAACACUGGCUCUGCCUCUAGACCUGCUUGCCACCAGAAUAUCAAUGGACAUAGGUUUUGUCCCUCUGGGGAAGCAGACCUUUCCCUUAGGCAAGGCGAAGCCAGAGUCUUGGCUUGCCCAGUGAAUUGUCAACCUCAUGGUUAUAGUGGCCGCACAUUUCAGGAGAUUUGGGAGGAUUUCUCACUGAGCUUUGUGUCAGCUGUACGAGAAGUUGUGGAAUUUGCUAAACACAUUCCGGGAUUUCAGGAGCUGUCACAACAUGACCAAGUCUCACUACUCAAAGCUGGCACAUUUGAGGUGCUGAUGGUUCGGUUUGCCUCCCUUUUCAAUGUCAAGGAGCAGACUGUAACAUUCAUGAGUCGCACAAAGUACAACCUUGAAGAGUUGUGGGGGAUGGGCAUGGAUGACUUGUUAACAUCCAUGUUUGAGUUCAGUGAGAAGCUUAGUGCCUUGCAACUAUCUGAAGAAGAAUUGGGCCUCUUCACAGCAGUGGUGCUGAUCUCUGCAGAUCGCUCAGGCAUUGAGAACCCAGCGUCAGUGGAGCAGCUGCAGGAAACUCUGAUCCGGGCGCUGCGAGCCCUCAUCCUCAAGAAUCACCCCCAGGAGACAUCCCGUUUUACUAAACUGCUCUUGAAACUGCCUGAUCUGCGCACCCUCAACAUGCACUCCGAAAAACUUCUCUCCUUCCGCAUUGAUGCUCAGUAGAAGAUAGCGUGGGCAGAAAUACUGCGAGUCCAGGCUCCUGACCAAUUCUCCCUGCUUUAUUGCACUAACCAGACUAUUUUGGGCCUGGACCUGGCUAUCUAUUUAUGUGGGUGUAGCAGCUGCCGCUCCUGCCUGCUCAGAAACAAACAGCACAACCGCCUUUGUAAAUAUAUCCGUGUAUAUUGGAACUGUGUGAAGAGAAUACCCCUCUUCCUGGCUGUGGUGCCAACUUCAGGAGAAAAAAUACAAUGAAAUCAAACUAA